GUCACGUUACUUUUCACUUGUAUGCUAGUCCCGUAAUCACUUUGGGCAGGUUACGUACACAAUUAAUGAAAGAACCACGUUAAGGAGUUACUUAGGCUACACGUGGAGAUGCGUAUUAUUAUUAGAAUUGUGGCUAACGCAGCUGACGUUAACUGACUACAUUAAUGCUUGUCUUCUCUACUGGGUUGUGAGUGUUUUGAUAAUACAGGGAUAACAAUGCCGCAGUCAGCCGCUACCAUCAGUGGGGUCCAGAGGAUGGUUCUGUAUGAAACCAGAGCCAGGUUUUUUUUGGUGGGGACCAAUCAGGCACAGACCAAACACAGAGUCCUGAAGAUUGACCGCACAGAACCUAAGGACCUGGCCAUUAUCGAUGAUAAGCAUGUGUACAGCCAGCAAGAGGUCCGGGAGUUGCUGGGCCGCCUGGACCUGGGAAACCGCACCAAGAUUGGCCAGAAGGGUUCCUCGGGCCUGUCCAGGGCUGUCUCAGCCUUUGGCAUUGUGGGGUUUGUACGUUUCCUCGAAGGGUACUACAUUGUGUUGAUUACCAAGCGUAGAAAGAUGGCUGACAUCGGUGGCCACUCCAUCUACAAAAUUGAAGACACCAGCAUGAUUUACAUCCCCAAUGACUCGGUCAGGGUUGCACACCCGGAUGAAGCGAGGUAUGUGCGGAUCUUUCAGAAUGUGGACUUAUCCAGCAACUUUUACUUCAGCUACAGCUAUGACCUGAGCCAUUCGCUGCAGUACAACCUGACUUUGCUGCAGAGGCCUUAUGAACUGUGGUCAUCACCAACUUCCUCCACUGAGGAAGAGGUACAAAAACAGAGCAAGCAUGACAGCUUUGACAUCUUUGAAGAUGAGGGUCUGCCUACACAAGUGGUUUACGGCCUCCAGAAUGAGCCAUACUACAAGUACGUGUGGAACGGGAAGCUGCUGGAACGAGUCAAGGACAUCGUGCAUUAUGACUGGCUCAUGUAUAUAAUCCACGGCUUUUGUGGCCAGUCCAAGCUUCUGAUCUACGGCCGACCGGUUCACAUCACCCUUAUUGCCCGGCGCUCCAGCAAAUUUGCCGGGACCCGCUUCCUCAAAAGAGGAGCCAACUGCGAGGGGGAUGUGGCUAAUGAGGUUGAGACGGAGCAGAUCAUCAAUGACGCCUCAGUGAUGUCUUUCACAGCAGGAAGUUACUCCUCAUACGUCCAGGUGCGAGGUUCAGUCCCGCUCUACUGGUCCCAGGACAUUUCCACCAUGAUGCCAAAACCCCCAAUACGAUUGGACCAAGCUGACCCAUAUGCCCACGUGGCUGCACUCCAUUUUGACCAGAUGCUGCAGCGUUUUGGCUCUCCUAUCAUCAUCCUCAACCUGGUCAAGAAACGAGAGAAAAGGAAACAUGAGAAGAUUCUGAGUGAAGAGCUCUACCCAGCUGUGAUCAACCUGAAUCAGUUCCUUCCUCCAGAAAACUGCAUUGACUACAUUGCCUGGGACAUGGCCCGCUACACCAAGAGUAAAUUGUGCAACGUUCUGGACCGCCUGAGCAUGAUAGCAGAGAAUGUGGUGAAGCGCACAGGUUUCUUCAGUAAUCGCUCCGACUUCUACUGUCAUACCAUCAGACCAGAUGACAGGUGGGGAGAUUUAGGUGGACACAUCACAGCCACAGGGAGGGUGCAGACUGGUGUGUUGCGGACCAACUGCGUGGACUGUCUGGAUCGGACCAACACGGCCCAGUUCAUGGUGGGGAAGUGUGCGCUGGCCUAUCAGCUUUAUGCACUGGGAAUGAUCGACAAGCCCAAACUCCAGUUUGAUACUGACUGUGUGAGGUUGUUUGAGGAGCUGUAUGAGGACCAUGGAGACACAUUGUCGCUGCAGUACGGCGGCUCACAGCUGGUCCACAGGGUCAAGACCUACCGCAAGAUCGCUCCCUGGACACAACACUCGAAAGACAUCAUGCAGACACUGUCGCGCUACUACAGCAAUGCUUUCUCAGAUGCUGACAGACAGGAUGCCAUCAACUUGUUUCUCCAAGUCUACCAGCCAUCAGAGUGCAAACCACACCUGUGGGAGCUGCCCACUGACUUCUACCUGCAUCAGAGGAACAGCAUGGCCCUCCCCCAAGACAGACGCAGUUACACACUGUGGUGGUCAGCAGGAAUCUUGUCCUACCUUCCCGUGGCCUAUGAUGAAGUCUCCUGUGAGGACACCAUGAAGAAGGUCAAAGUGAAGAGAGUGAACCGCUUUGAGGAGAGUAUUGACAUCUACACAGAAUUCUUCAAACCUUAUGAGCUUACCUCCUUUGAUGACACAUUCGGCAUCGCCAUGACCAACUCUACACGGGAAUUUAUGCCCAAGACAGUCGGAGUGGAUCCAAGCCCAUUCACAGUUCGCAAGCCAGAGGAAACAGCAAAGUCAGUGCUGGGCAACAAGAGCAGUAAGGAGGAGACGCUGCUCCAGAGGAAAACUGCAGCCAGCGCCCCUCCUCCCCCGAGUGAAGAGGCCAUCAGCAGCACAUCGGAGGACGACUCGGAGGAGGACCGCGACGAUGACGGAUCCGUGUCCCAACGCUCAACCCCGAUCAAACUCCUAACGGAGUCUGGCGAGAGCGCUCGGACGCAGGAGGAGAUCCAGCAGCAGUCAGUUAAGGAGCCCUAUGGACUCAAUCUGGCUGAGUUUCCAGCUGAGAAGGACCUGCUCAUUUAUGAAAGGUUUGCACAUCUGGGUGAGAGCCAGCACAGAGUGGAAAGAACGGAACACAUAAACCUGGCAAACAUCAUCUGCUUAAUGAGCCUGAGCCACACAACCUCCAUGCCACCAUGUAACCCGGAAAGAGGAGAGGCUGAAUCUCUCGGAGGACGGAGAUCCAGAUCCACUGUGGAAUAUGUAACCGACAGCCAGAGGAGAGAGAGAAAGAGAGAGAGCCACGGACGGCCGACGGUCCGGCACGGAGAAGGCGGAGUUAGGAGAGAGAUAAAGAGGUCAAAGGACGUUGGUACACGUGAACACAGUUGCUCGCACUAAGUGGUCUCCAAGGAAGCUGUUUAAUCUUCAUCCAUGAUAACCAAACACUCCUUCGUUACUUCUUGAAAAGUCCCCCGUGCCCCCCUGUCGCCUUACUGAUGGCUGUGGCCGUGACCCAGCAGGUGAUUUCUGCUCAGCCAGAGUCAAAAUUCAACCACACGUGGGAUGGCAAUGUGCAGCCGUACAGACGCAUUAGCGAUUUCCCUCGUUUCGCUCUUGCCCUUUUUCCCCCUUCUCACGCAUACUGGACACGUCUGCUUUGUGGGGCUCCAGGCUAUCAGAGAGAGUAGAAUGGAGAAUAGAUGGCAAGAGUUGAUGCCCCCUCUUUCAAUUGUUCUCAUGCUCUUCUUUACUAAUGCUUACAUGCGUAUGCUUGUAUAUGUAUAUAUGCAGAUUAUGACUUUUUAAGAAAUAUAUUAUUUUUCAUUUUCCUGUUGAGUUAGAUAAAAGAAUAUCAAUACCACUCUAAUGUCCGUAUGCUAAAUAUGAGGCUCCAGCAGGCAAGACUAGUUUGGCAUUUAAAACAAGAAAAGAAAAUGAAGUAUUAACAUUAUUAAUAUGCACUGCGGAAGAAUAAUUUACCAGUCACUCUGCGCAGUGGUCUUAAAAAUGUUAAAAACUUUAAGAUAUAACUUUUUUAACUCAAGAUGAGAGAUGUUGAAGUGAAGGCUUUUGAAAGAGAAAGAGCCCAAAGACGGCAGCGGCACGAGAGGGUGGAGAGGUUGUUCGCCGAUGUCUUCACGUUUCAUCGCAGGCAGUUCUGUCAUCCUCGCGUCAGGUCCUCAAGGUCCGGCGUGGACGUCUGCUGUUGUGCAGCAGUGUUAUUUUAAAACACUUUUACAGCACCGCAAGCAUGUUUUCCCCGUUCGUGGUCCUUUAGUCUGAAUCCUCCCUCUGUGGAGUUCUUUUAUUGACCGAUCAGGCACGAGCAAAGCCGACUCAAUCAAUGUAGAUAAAAGCAUAAAGGGUUUGAUAUGAAAUGGCGGACACCUGCUGAGAGGUAUCACUGAGGUGUGGUGAUUUGUUUUCUCCUCAAAUUAUAAUGAGCUUUUAAGUCACAGAUCCAGAUGGAUGCACAAUUAUGACUGAAAGGUGUUUUACACAAGCUUUAUUAACAUAUCUAACCUGGCAGUUAGCCAGAUGCAAACGUAGUUUUAAAAAGGUUUUACAUUUGGAAUGAUUUUGAGAUUUAUGUGGCUUCCAUAUCAUUUUGACAUAACAUGAACAUCUUUAAUUUACAAUAAGUAAAUCUUAUAUGUAGCUGGCACACUAUUAACCCAACUGAUUGACAUCUCACAGCUGUGAAGUGUGACACUGUAGGAAACGCUCUCUGUAUCCCCGCUUUACCCCCUCAGCUGCUGUUGAACGAGCUGACUAAGUGGUUCACCUGACGAGUAGUUGAUUAUCCACCCUGGAGAUGAUGUGACGUCCUUUAGAAAACUACAAUAUGAGUAAUUCCGCUGUAAAAGCGGUCAUCUCGACAAUCCUUGUCUCCAUUUUCAUUCCUCUUAAUGAUUCUGCAGCAGAUUUUCAUGAGAUGUUGUGAGUUGGAUUUUAGCCCCGUCUGUGUUUUCUGAUCAUCUCGUGACAUGAAUUGAACAUGUCUCCUGUCUCUGCCGCUGUCUUUUGGGCUUUGGCCUCCUUUCUUUCAGAGAGCCGGUGUCCUGCUUCCCAGAGGACAGUAUCUACGGCCUUUCUCCCCCGCAGGUUGACAGAGAUAGCCGCGAGGAGUUCGAGAGCCACGUGUUGACGGGUCAGGGGCAGG